AUAUAUCAGAAGUCCACCACACAUUUUUAUUUUAGAAAAUAUAAAAUGCUUUUAGGCUAAAUAGAAGCUUCACACGCACAAGGAAAGAUACUUUAUUCCUUCUGGUGGUGUGAGAAGAAGAUAUAUUGUAAUUGUAAUGAUGAAUGUAGAAGAGGAAGUUGAAAAGCUCAAGGAAGAAAUCACGAGACUUGGAAAGGUUCAAACAGAUGGUUCUUACAAGGUUACAUUUGGAACACUGUUUCACGAUGAUCGGUGCGCAAAUAUAUUUGAAGCACUGGUUGGUACACUAAGAGCUGCUAAAAAGCGUAAAGUAGUUGCUUAUGAUGGUGAGCUACUGUUGCAAGGAGUCCAUGAUAAUGUGGAAAUCACUCUUAAUCAUGUCCCUGCAGCUGUCAACUGAUGCAGUUGCGAAGGGCCAUUGAGUAUCCUUUGCUGCUUGAAUCACAGACAUGUUUUAUGGCCGGUGAGAUACUAUUUUGCGUGAUUGUGUAAUAUAUAUGCUUUUGGAGAGGACUAAGAUAUGCAUCUCGUCAUAAACUCAUUACCAUUUAGUUUCAGUUUAUCACUUGCAAAACCAAAACAUAUUUGUGAGGUAAUAUUUUGUGCAACAAAACUCUACCAUCUAUAUAUUAUGUUUUCCUUCCCUUAUUUAUCCUAUUUGUUUAGGAUGUGGCCACGGAACCAUUGAAAUCUAUGCACUAACAUACUUUUUU